GUGCCCAUGCACAUGCGUUGUGUGCCCAUGCACAUGCGUUGUGCGCCCAUGCACAUGCGUUGUGUGCUCAUGCACAUGCGUUGUGCGCCCAUUCACAUGCGUUGUGUGCCCAUGCACAUGCGUUGUGCGCCCAUGCACAUGCGUUGUGUGCCCAUGCACAUGCGUUGUGUGCCCAUGCACAUGCGUUGUGUGCCCAUGCACAUGCGUUGUGUGCCCAUGCACAUGCGUUGUGCGCCCAUGCACAUGCGUUGUGUGCUCAUGCACAUGCGUUGUGAGCCCAUUCACAUGCGUUGUGUGCCCAUGCACAUGCGUUGUGCGCCCAUGCACAUGCAUGCGUUGUGCGCCCAUGCACAUGCGUUGUGUCCCCAUGCACAUGCGUUGUGUGCCCAUGCACAUGCGUUGUGUGCCCAUGCA